GAAAGUAGGGGCUCUGAGGGCUAUGUGGGGCUGGGAGCCAUGGGGAGCUGGGGAAGGUGACCUUACGGCCCUACCAUGUCCCCGGGUGCUGGUGGGUGUCCCAGGGGCACACAUGGUGUGGGGCAAGCAGGGAGCAGGGCAGUGCUGGUGCCAGCCCUGUGCCAGCCCCAUGCCACCAUAGGGGGGGUGCCCAGCGAGGCCCGACAGUGCGACUACACCGGCCUCUACUACUGCUCCAGCUGCCACUGGAAUGACCUGGCUGUGGUGCCCGCCCGUGCCAUCCACAACUGGGACUUCGAGCCCCGCAAGGUGUCACGGUGCAGUAUGAGGUACCUGGCACUGAUGGUGUCGCGGCCAGUGCUGAAGCUGCGGGAGAUCAACCCACUGCUGUUCAACUACGUGGAGGAGCUGGUGGAGAUCCGGAAGCUGCGCCAGGACAUCCUGCUGAUGAAGCCCUACUUCAUCACCUGCAAGGAGGCAAUGGAGGCGCGGCUGCUGCUGCAGCUGCAGGACCGGCAGCACUUCGUGGAGAACGACGAGAUGUACUCGCUGCAGGACCUGAUUGACAUUGAGGCCGGGCGCCUGGGCUGCUCCCUCACCGAGAUCCACACGCUCUUUGCCAAGCACAUCAAGCUGGACUGCGAGCGCUGCCAGGCCAAGGGAUUCGUGUGUGAGCUGUGCCGGGAGGGUGACGUGCUUUUCCCCUUCGACAGCCACACCUCAGUCUGUGCCGACUGCUCUGCCGUGUUCCACAGGGACUGCUACUAUGACAAUUCCACCACCUGUCCCCGAUGUGCCCGGCUGAGCCUGCGGAAGCAAUCCCUGUUCCAAGACUCUGUCACGGAGGGAGAGCCCUGAGGAGGGUUUGACCCUAUGGAGGGACUCAGUCCCACAGCUAUUCCCCACCCACUACAGGCCCUGGGACAGACACAAUCAUUCCCAUGCCGGUUUGGGUACUGGGGUGGCCCUGACUCCAGGACCCUCUGCCUGUGGGAACGGCAGUGCUGCCAGGGGGCACAGCUGGACCCUAGCUGUUCUUGGGAACAUGGGGACCCCUGCCAGAGGAGCCGGGAUCUGGUUAACUGGGAUCCGGUUAAGGCGCCACAGCAGCUCCUGCUGUCCCUGCAUAGAACCAGGGUGCAGGCGGGGAUGGGGUGCAGGCAGAGAUCGGUGCUCCGUUGUCGCGGGGCAGUGGGUACUGCCAGGAGGGCUCAGCCCCGCGGCCGGACCGAGCCCACACACACACACUACCAGGAUCCAAUCUCCCCCCAGCACCCGUUAACGGGGCCGAGCCCCGAGGAGGGGGAGAGGGGGGACCGGCCGCGGCGCGGGGCCAGUGUCCCCCACUUCCUUCCCAAUGUUUCCUGUAGCAUUAACGAGCCUCUUUGCGCAA